UUUACUGAUUCAAGGGACUCAAGACAUUGUGGAAGAGGUUGACAACAGCUCUCCUGGGAUCAAAAUGGUGACAUGGGGAAAGGAAUGCAAAGGAUGGCAAUGGCUGAGAAAGGCGAGGCAGUCCAGGACAAUGGUGCUAGUUAUUGUUUAUAUUGCACUUUUUCUGGACUACACCCUACUAACUGUCAUUGUACCCAUCAUCCCCAGUUUCUUGUAUGAAAUACAGCACUCAGAAAUGAAUGGGUCAGCAUCAUCAAAGCAGCCUCCAGCUCUGCCCUCCACUCUCUCCCCUGACCUCUUGUAUUCCAGUGGUGGCCAACUUACAACCGAGACCAUUGCAGGAGCUGACAAUGAGACUAAAGAUUUUAAAUGGAGAAACACGACUGAAGCUGCCAUCCCAAGCCUGAGGCCAGGCACUGAAAGAGCCCACUGUGGUAGGAACAAAUCAUUUUUGGCAGAGGAAAAUGUUCGUGUUGGCUUGUUAUUGGCUUCAAAAGCAAUUGUGCAGCUCCUUGUGAAUCCAUUAAUUGGACCACUGACCAACAGGAUUGGAUAUCAUCUUCCAAUGUUCACUGGUUUUGUGAUAUUGUUUGUGUCAACAAUAAUGUAUGCUUUCUCGAACACCUACUUCUGGUUAUUUGUUGCCCGAGCUCUACAAGGAAUUGGCUCGUCGUGUUCUUCAGUAGCAGGUUUGGGAAUGUUAGCCAGUUAUUAUACAGAUGACAAUGAAAGAGGCAAAGCCAUGGGUAUAGCACUGGGAGGCAUUGCUGUGGGGGUGCUUGUUGGAGCGCCUUUUGGAAGUGUGAUGUAUGAAUUUGUGGGAAAAUCAUCUCCCUUUCUGACUUUGGCAGCCUUGGCUUUAAUCGAUGGAGCUCUCCAGCUCUUCAUCCUUUAUCCCACAAAAGCUAUUGCAGAGAGUCAGAAAGGGUCAUCACUGUUAACAUUGUUGAGAGAUCCCUACAUACUGAUUGCUGCCGGAAGCCUGUGCUUCUCAAAUAUGGCCAUCGCAAUGCUGGAGCAGGCCCUACCAAUUUGGAUGAUGAAGAUCAUGUGUUCUCCCAAACUGCAUUUGGGUUUGGCUUUCCUGCCAUCUGCUAUCAGCUACUUGAUGGGCACAAAUCUCUUUGGUGUUCUUGCUAACAAAAUGGGCAGGUGGCUGUGCGCUCUGAUUGGAAUGGUGCUUUUGGGGAUAAGUAUAAUCUCUGUUCCUCUGGCAACCAACAUUUUUGUGCUCAUUGUUCCCGGAUGUGGAGUAGGUUUUUCACUGGGAAUGACCGAUUCCUCGAUGAUUCCCAUUAUGGGUUACCUGGUGGACAUUCGUCAUGUAUCUGUGUACGGAAGUAUAUUUGCCAUUGCUGAUGUGGCACUUUGUGUGGGAUUUGCAAUCGGGCCCUCAAUUGGAGGAGCUAUUGUCAAAGCAAUUGGAUUCCAUUGGCUCAUGGUCACCAUUGGAGUCAUUAACAUAUGCUAUGCUCCACUUUGUGUCUUCCUGAAAAAUCCUCCCAGCAAAGAAGAGAAAGUGGCAAUUUUGUCCCAGGAAAAUGCCAUGAAUACUCAUCAUUACACUGCUGAGAGGGACAGCCUGGAAUUUGCCAUAAUGGAGGCCAGAGAUGAGGAAGCAGGGAAUAAGGAGUAAAUUCAGAAUAAAGGCUAGUACACUGAUGGUCAAUGGUCUAUAACUCCUGUGUUCCAUUGACAUUCCUUUUAAAUAAAGGCACACCUUUGUUCUCUUUGCAAGAAUCUCAAAUCAGCAGUCCUGCAUUACACAACAUGGCAGUACAGAUACCAUCAUGGAGCCAUUGUACUUGAAAAGGCAGACAUAAAACAGAAUAUAGAAACUUGUGUUGAUUCUACAGCACUGAAACAAGUUCUUCCAAUGAGUCAGCAGUUAUGCUCCACCAAGCCUCCUCUCACACCACUUGCUCAAAAUCUUUCAAUACAUCUUUCCAGUAUUUUCUUCCCCAUGCACUGAUCAAGCUUUCCCUAAGAUGCAACUGUGCAAUUUGUCUGAUCUACUCCAAAUGGGAGAAGGUUCUACACUUGAACCACUCCUCAGGAAAAGUAUCUCUUUCAGAAUUCUUAAAUGGUUUUACAGAUGGCUGUUUUCUAUUCAUGGCCCUAUGUUUGGUCUCCCAGAAGGAGACGUUGUUUAAGGCAAUUAGCCUGAAGGGUUAACCUUCACAGAGCUCCAUUCAACAGGAUAUAUGACUGUUUCUAUAUAUGGGAGGAGCUGGUAAAUUCUAGUUGUCAGUGUGUUGUGUCCCCUGUUUGUCUGACCUUCGCUGUUAACAGCCACAUAACUGAGAUGAGCUUGGUAUCUCUUCGGAGAUAAUCAAAUCUCCUCUCAUUGUCAGAUUGUU